UGUGGAGCCAUGUCAGGAUAGAGUGGAGCCAUGUCAGGAGAGAGUGGAGCCAUGUCAGGAGAGAGUGGAGCCAUGUCAGGAGAGAGUGGAGCCAUUUACAUGUUUAUGUUGUGCAAUUGGCAAUGGAGUAAUUUGGCCGAGUUUACCAGCCUGCAACAGCGACCUGGCACAGCAGAUUGUGCGAAAUUUGAACAGACGACGCCUGUGCAGGGCAGAU